AUGGUUAACCAAGUAAGAGUGAAGAUAUUGCCCAGCGGCAAGGUGCCAGAGAAUUGGGGAAAGGUCCGAGGGUUAAUAUGCAAGACUGGUGGUGAGUUGAUGGACCCGGGCUUCACACAGGCCCAGAUGGCCAUGGUUGACAUCUCAACAUAUUUGGUAAAUGAGCAGGAUAUGGAGAUCCGCAAGAUCUUGAAGACCAUUGAGGAGGUUGUGCAGAUCAUGAAUGAUCUGGACGUGCUGGUGAUCAAGCAGGGAACCAUGCUGGACCGCAUCGACCAAAACAUCACGCAGACAGCCAUCAGGAUGGAAGAUGGCGUCAGGCAGCUCCAGGUGGCAGAGAUGACACAGAAGCGUGGGUGCAUGUUUAUGUGCAUCAUCACACUCAUCCACCUCAUAGUGCUCAUGCUGAUAAUCAUAGUUAUCCGCCACACAUAA